ACUACGCGACUCUAUUGCAAAGGAGCCUAAUAAAUAAAACUAGCUGUUUGUUUUCCUAAAAAUACUUACAAAAUUGUCGUGGCGUCGACUGUGUGCCGUGCUAUCAGACGAAUUCGCUUUCGUAUAAGAGAACGUGAUUGAAAAAUACCUGACGUUGAUCUUUCACCCUCCUGAACGGGAAAAACACAAAACAAUGUCUUCUGACAACCCAGUAAAUUGUACAAUUAAUGAGUUGAGGCCUAACAGGCGAUUUUUGGAUCCGAAUUUCGACUGUUACCGACUAGCGUCUGAUCAACCCCAAAUUCUUCAGCACAAAUUGAAGGAGAAGAUAGCAUCGCCGGCGGAGUUGACAACUGAUCAGUUCGGUCUAUGCCACGUCGAAUUACGAUCUAAAUUGAAUGCUCUAGUUUACGAUGUCUUUCAUCCGGGCUCAGUAUUCUAUAUUGCUCAAUAUAGCUUAUUCCAUGUGCGGUAUGAGAAUGAGCGUCUAUCAGAACCAAAUGUUGUGCUAUGUCUAAGCCCUAACAACCCGCCGGUCGAUGUCGAUCAAUCUGAAUCUAAUUUCCUCUUCGUGAACAAUGAAUUCGGUGUUAUAUUAAACCGGCAGGGAACAAUUGACCUGCUCAGGACAGAGCAGAGGCAACUUGGAAAGCCGUUCACUAAACUUCUGUCAUCGGAGACCGGCAUCAACGAAGGAGUUUUGUUGGCGGCCAAGGGCCGAGUGUGCCUUGAGAAUCAGUGCACCCAAGUCGAUAUCCUUAUCUGUUCCGUAAAAGAAAAAAAACCCGAUGAGUCGGCAGAAUAUCCGGAAACGGUGCAUUUUUUAUCGUGGCUCGACUGGUUGACCUUUGAAAGAGCCCCAGUGGCUGAAAGCGAGUCAAGUUCUACAGACUGGCAAUUAAACAGAAGAAGAAAGCUUUAUGGGACUGCUGUUCCAAAAUCUGCAACGUUUCUAUAUAAUUCUAGAGGAAGUCACCUGUUGAUUUGUUCCGAAUGCCAGUACAAAUUCAAGUACGAUUCAAAGACAGCCGUCACAGUAUCGAAGCAAGUCCAGUAUACUUCGGAAAAGGAUCUAACUUCUCCUGUAUAUACCUAUAUGCAAAACAACGAGGAUGUAGUAGUCAUGUUCCGUUUACAACCUGACACGUCCAAAAGAGAUGUGAACGUUGACAUCAAACCAUCCAGCAUUGAGAUCAAAAUUUGCGGAGAAACAGUUCUCGAUGGCGUGCUGGAGGCAGUUGUGGACUCGGGCGCUUCUACGUGGUCCAUAGUAGACGAUAAAUUAGAGGUGACCUUGGUGAAAUGUCGAGCCCAGCGCUGGCCGCGUGUGGUAAAGGGCACUACAAAAGGAGAGGAAGUCUUUGAUGCAGCUUAUCUUGAUGAAGUCGGUAUAAUGUUCUAUCGGACUCCCUUAUGAGCAGAACUAAAUGAUUCAUAGCUUUAUUCACUGUAAAUCAAAGGAUUCCUUUUUGGACGAUUUUCAGGUUAAAGCGUUUUACAACUCCCGGCUAGUGUUUGGAGUCAAUUUUGAAUCGACAGCGUUAUUUGAGCUUGCAUAGAAUAGUCAUUCAGUUCCAUUACCUGCACAGCCUUAUAUGCAGUAUAGAUUAAGGGAAAUAAGAAAUUAUUAGUGAAGCCAAUAGCUGUAUGUAUGAUUGUCACGCCGCUUCAUAGGUCCGUCGGAAAAACGUCGGAAAACGGAAAGUUCUGCAAGACUCGCCUCCACUAGACUGCUAGCGUCGGUGUGUCUUUGAUGCUACAUAUAAGUUGAUUCCGAAGACUUGUUCACGUCAAAAGAAUAGCUGAAAAUCUCAAAUAAGAAAACGAACUAAAAUAAUAUGAAAAAUAAUAAGUGAAGCAAAUAAGUUGGUAGAUUCUUUCGAAAAAUAUUUCUUGUUCUAACUAUUUUUUAAUUGGCAAUUCGCAAAAGAUGCACGAACGCCUCCGCCACCUUACUGCCACUGAUGAUGACCUGGAAAAGGCAAAAUCAGGUAGACCAACUCAGGAAACGAGCGCCGGAC